AUGGCGCCCACGGAUGGAUACGUGAAUCCCAUUCCGAAUUCUUUCCGUUAUAAGAAGUGGAAUAUGGUGUCUCUCGCAGACGUAUCCGAGGCUGCGUACAGGGGCGACUUUGAUCUUCUGGAGAAGAUGCUGAGCACAGGCGACGCGGAUUCGAUCUUCAAUGGGGAUCUGAACAUGCACUUCACCGAUGUCAACCCGCUCCACAUGGCGGCGUUGGCCGGGCGGGAGGACUGCGUAAAGCUCUUGCUCGAGGCUGGAGCCGACCCGCACGUGAAGACCAGGGUCAGCUCUGGGCAGGACCCCAAAACUGGGCAGACGGCCCGCGACAAGGCCAUCAAGUUCAAGCAUACGGCAGUCGCGAAGUUGCUAGAACAGGCGGAGAAGGAUACCCCUCCAGGCUGGUAUGCGCCGGAAGGCAUCGGCAAUAACCGGAAGUUGUACAGCGCUCCAGACCCGAACAAGGUUUGGGAGCCAACCGCUGCGAAGUCCGAGGCAUCAAAGCCCAGUGCGCAGCCGAGCCCGAAGCCGGCAUCCGAGGCGAAGCCGGCCGCCACCGCGGCGAAGCCCGCCGCAGCGCCCAGCGCCCCUUCGCAGCCGCCGUUGCCGGUGGCGCUCCUCUUCCCUGGCCAGGGCUCCCAGUACGUUAAGAUGCUCGACCAGGUGAAGGAUUUGCCAGAGGUGAAGGACAUGCUCUCUAAGGCGAAGACUAUCCUCGGCUACGAUCUGCUGGAGCUGUGCCUAGAGGGGCCCGAGGAGAAACUCGCGGAGACCAGGUACUGCCAGCCGGCGAUGUUCGUGGGGGGCUUGGCGGGCGUUGCCAAGCUGAAGGCCGUGAGAAGCGGAAAUCGGACUGACGCGGUACGACCGCCUUUGACAACGUCGCCGCCCCUUCCGACUCUUUGCCGUUUCGAGCGAGCGAGUGGUCGUAAAAGCUUCACGGAGCAGGUUUGGCAGGCAAGACAGGCUUAG